CCCUGCGCUGGACCCGGGGAAGCAGCAGGGGCGGUUGAGAAGUGAAAUCUUGGCCAGAGUUUGCUUCUUGCCAGGAAAUCCGCGGCGGCGGCCGUUGCGGCUGAGACGGUCCCGGCGGAGAGGAGCCGGGCCGUCUGCCUCUCAGCGGCCUGCGGUGCCGGGAGCCCUUGCUCCCUCGGGACAGCCGCGCUUUUCCAGUGAGUAACUUCGCCCGCCCGCCUUGCUCCGCGCUCUCCUGUCGGCUCCGGGCGGCCGCCUCAGAAAAGCAGACCUUGGCUGUAGACAGAUAACCCCUUUGGUGGAAUCCAAGCUUUCAGUGGAAGUUUUGACCCAUGAGGAUACAGAAACUGCUGAUUCAAAAUGGGAACAACAAGUGAUGAGAUGGGGUCUGUGGAGCAGACAUCCACAUCCUCCCUAAACCCCCUGUGCUUUGAAUGUGGCCAGCAGCACUGGACAAGAGAAAACCACUUAUACAAUUACCAGGAUGAAGUGGAUGAUGACCUCGUCUGCCAUAUUUGCCUUCAGCCUCUGCUGCAGCCGCUCGAUACGCCCUGUGGACACACGUUCUGCUACAAGUGCCUCAGAAACUUUUUACAAGAGAAAGACUUCUGUCCAUUGGACCGCAAGAGACUUCAUUUCAAGUUAUGUAAGAAAUCUAGCAUUCUAGUUCAUAAACUUCUAGACAAAUUAUUAGUUUUGUGUCCAUUUUCUUCAGUGUGCCAAGACGUAAUGCAACGCUGUGACCUAGAGGCGCAUCUUAAAAACAGAUGUCCUGGAGCUUCUCAUCGGAGAGUUGCUCUAGAAAGAAGGAAGACUAGUAAAACUCAAACAGAGAUGGAGAGUGAAACUGGCCCCACUGUCAUCGAUCCUUCAGGCACUUCUUCCCCAGGAACAGACUGCUUGGGCCCCGGGAUAGGCGCUGUGCCUCUCGAGCGGAACUUGACAUCUGCAUCUCUUCCUGUGUGUCCGGAGGAGCCUGGCCUGGACAACCCUGCCUUCGAGGAGAGCGCAGGAGCUGACUCUUUACAACAGCCACUUAGUUUACCAGAAGGAGAAAUUACCACCGUUGAGAUCCACCGGUCUAAUCCAUACAUUCAGUUAGGAAUUAGCAUUGUGGGUGGCAAUGAGACACCACUGAUUAACAUUGUCAUCCAGGAGGUCUACCGGGAUGGGGUCAUCGCCAGAGAUGGAAGACUCCUCGCUGGAGACCAGAUUCUUCAGGUCAACAACUAUGAUAUCAGCAAUGUAUCCCAUAACUAUGCCCGAGCUGUCCUUUCCCAACCCUGCACCACAUUGCAGCUAACUGUGUUGCGGGAAAGGCGCUUUGGUAACCGAGCGUCCAGCCACGCUGAUGGGAACUCUCCACGGGAUGAGGUUUUCCAAGUGGUUCUUUAUAAACGGGACUCUGGUGAGCAGCUUGGCAUUAAAUUGGUUCGAAGGACAGAUGAGCCAGGUGUUUUUAUUCUUGACCUCCUGGAAGGGGGACUGGCAGCUCAGGAUGGCAGGCUCAGCAGCAAUGACCGAGUGCUGGCUAUCAAUGGGCAUGACCUGAAGCAUGGGACACCGGAGCUUGCUGCCCAGAUUAUUCAGGCCAGCGGAGAGAGGGUGAACUUAACAAUUGCCAGACCAGGAAAGCCCCAGCCUGGCAAUAGCACCCGAGAAGCAGGAACUCACAGCAGCAGCCAGCAUCAUGCACAGCCACCCUCUCACAGCCGACCAAGCUCACAUAAGGAUCUUACUCAGUGUGUUACCUGCCAAGAAAAGCAUAUUACUGUAAAGAAGGAACCACAUGAGUCCCUUGGAAUGACAGUUGCUGGGGGCAGAGGGAGUAAGAGUGGUGAAUUGCCCAUCUUUGUGACCAGUGUGCCACCUCAUGGCUGCCUUGCACGAGAUGGCAGAAUCAAGAGAGGUGAUGUGUUGCUGAAUAUCAAUGGUAUUGAUCUGACCAAUCUAAGUCACAGUGAGGCUGUGGCCAUGCUGAAGGCCAGUGCUGCCUCCCCAGCCGUUGCCCUCAAAGCACUGGAAGUCCAGAUUGUGGAAGAGGCAGUGCAGCCCUCGGAGGAGCAGCCAGGUGCUUUCAGUGAGAAUGAGUAUGAUGCCAGCUGGUCACCAUCCUGGGUCAUGUGGCUUGGGCUGCCAAGUGCCCUUCAUAGCUGCCAUGACAUAGUUUUACGAAGAAGCUACUUGGGGAGCUGGGGCUUUAGUAUUGUUGGUGGGUAUGAAGAGAACCACACCAAUCAGCCUUUCUUCAUUAAAACCAUUGUCUUGGGAACUCCUGCUUACUAUGAUGGAAGAUUGAAAUGUGGAGAUAUGAUCGUAGCCGUAAAUGGCCUGUCAACUGUGGGCAUGAGCCACUCUGCUCUGGUUCCCAUGCUGAAAGAACAGAGGAACAAGGUUACUCUCACCGUCAUUUGUUGGCCUGGCAGCCUCGUGUAGAUUUUUCAAGCCUGUUUCCAGUUUCACUUCUUCCUUCAGAGACUAUUGAAAGAAACUCCUUUGGUGUUACUGUUUCCACUUGUUGGGAGUUCCUGACACAGCUAGUAGACACAGGGCCAAAACCACUAAGAUCACACUUUAUGUUUCUUUAAAUGGCUUCCUAACAUUAGCUACAUUUCCUUUAGCUUGGAAAUAGUCUUCCACUAAUGCUGACAUUUAUUUUCAGAAUGCACUCUCAGUGGUCACAGUGUUAGCUGUAGUAAUGGACGAAGCCUACCCAAACUGUGACCCAGCACGAUUAAAGUGGUGGUUCUUUGUUUUCAGUAACUCAGUCAUAAAAUGAGUUAUAUUUCUAACACUGGUAUCAGGACAGCCACUAACAGCAGCAUUUACUGCCACUGCAGCAAACACUGCUGCAGAUAGAUCAGUUUUCGGUUUGGGUGGUGACCAUUGCUCAUUUUCAUUGGUGCCAACAUUUCAAAACUUUAUAUUGUUUAUAAAGCAAUUUUCUAGUUUGUUUCUACUUUAAUCUUCAGUUCUUAGAUGAAGACAUAAAUCUGACACCACUAAAGAGAUUUCUUUUUAAAUAUGUGCUGUUAUUAGAAUAAUAAAGAAUAAAAAAUGUUAUUCAGGGAUGAAGGAGCCUGGCAGAUAAUUAUAGUCUAGAGCUGGAGCUGGUAAAGCUUGCAUUUAUUGGAACGGCCCAGAAGCACAAAAGAUUAGUCUCCAAAGACAUGCUUUGCUACAUAGGAAAAGUUUAGAGAUGUUUUUGCAAAAAAUCAUUUCUAGAGUUUAUACUUAUCUGCAAACUUGUCUGGAAAUGUUUUUGUGAUUUAUGCAAUUAAACUAGAUGAUAAAAACCAUUAUUGCUAUUAAAUACACACACGUCACAGCUAAACAGAAGGGAACCCUUUUUAUUUUGUUUAGAAAGGAACCUUUCCUGAGUGCUUUAGAAACCCUUAGUUUUCCCUUUGUUUCUUCUGAAUUUGUUUCAAGUAAGAGACCAAAAAGCUCUGACUUUUUUUUUAAUCUGAAAUAAUAGGUUUUAGGUGUUAAUAUCUUUUAGCUGUUGGUCAUUAAUCUGUUUCAUAUUUUUGAAAUGUUUUGAGCUGUUUGUCUUUGGUGCAGCCCCGUUGUCUGUUAGAGGGCAUAUAAGGAAGUGAAUAAGAGAAAAAUAUCUUUACCUGAUUCAUAUUUAUACUUGAAAAAAGUUUCAUUUAGCAACCUAGUUCAAAAUCUGAGCUAAUUUCCAAGUGACCUCUGUGAUAAAUGGUAUUGAUAAUCAGAGAACAUGUUUAAUACUACCAGAUGCUAGGAGGCAUGGCCACUUGGCUUUCAAGUUUAGCUGUCCCAGCACUGGAGUUGUUAUAUCUAUAACAGAUCACUGAUUAUUCCAGUUAAUUUUAUAAUGAUUUUUUUUAAAUAAAUUUCUUUUUAAUAAGAUUGGCAACCAUAGUUGCUACUGACUUAGCUACACUGAUGGUCACCAUGUAGCUGGGCUACGGUGGGAUACCCCAUACAGUAUAUUACUGUUAUGUGGUGAUUGGCCUUUGAAGCAACUUGAUAUUGAAGUGCUUUGAUAUUACAAUUCCUCCUGCUCCCCAAACAGAAUUUUGUAACCAACUUUUCUACUUUUUAAAGACUUUGUAAUAUGUCAUUUCUUUGGGGAGUAGCCAUCCAUCCAUCAGCAAAUACCAUAACUGCCACUUUGUUGUAUAUAAAAAUACAUCGAACCUGGUGGUCUGAUGAAUACUUUGAAAAAAAAGUUUUUUCAAUAUUAUUUUUCUCAUAAAAAUUCUGAAUUCGCUUAGCUAUAGAGUUGUGAGAAAGAAUUAUAAGCUUUUUGUUGGGAUGAUAUUUGAUGAUGGAAACUUAUUCAUAAUUUACUAUUGGAUUUUUCUCAUUUAAGCUCUUACAAUUGAAUAUUUUGAUUUGUUCUGUGCCUUCAGUUUAAAUUAUUUCAGGAAUUUUCAGAUGUAUUUAAAUAAUGAUGUCAUAAUCAUUCAGGAUGGAAAUAAAUGUCAUCCUUUCCAGAA